UCAAAUGUCUUAUUUUCCGGUUCGUACAUUGAAAGUAUAGAAAUAUUUUUUAGAUUUACUUCAGUAAUCGUUAAAGAAUAAGAACAAACACCUGUGCCCUCAUGUUAAAAAGUGAAGUGAAAAUAAUUCCGUUAUUUCAAAUAUAAACUGCAAUUAGUAAAUAAUUAAAUAAUUUGUAUAAUUUUCUUGGAAAUACGUAAAAAAAUAAUUAUUAAUGAUGUAAUAAAUUUUGUUUUUAGUAUAAUGCAUAUUAUUGAACUUGAAAGUGUUUUGGCAUAAAAGCUUUUCGUCUUUUCGGCGAAGACGUGCAGAUAGACAAGCAGGAAGGCAGCUAGCUAACUUUUUAUGAUGUGAAGGAAUACAAAACUUAUACACACAAACAUAUGUACAUACAUAAAUAGAUAGAUAUAUAAAAUAAAUUUGUUUACAAACAAAUUCAUUGUUUAUACGCAAUAUUUUAAAUAAAUAAAAAAACAAAAAUAAUAAUUUAAGAUGAUCGAUAACAAAGCAUAUCAUCGACAACAUAAAGGAGGAAUAUUACGAGAGAAUAAAACGACUACGGAUGAGAGUGAGUGAGAGAGCAAGAUAAUUUAGAGAAAAUUAUCAGAAACUAAUUGUAUGUUAAUGAUUUAACGAUCACAAUAAAAACAUUUCUGAAUUAAACCAUUUAAAAGACAAAACAAAAGAAUAAAAAAAAAUAUGGCUAAAAAGUGUAAUGUGCGAUCAUUGAGCGACAGCUCUUUGGGUGAAUUGGCAAAUUUGAUUGUAUCAACACUGGGAUAUGCAAAAUAUGCACCGGAUGUUGAUCUCGAUAUUAAUAUUGUUAUGGUUGAAAUAAAUCAGUAUCUAGAAAUGGCGGGUGCAACAUCAAACAUUUAUCAAGAUCUACUGCGAGUGAUACUAAGUUCGGACUACUUGGAUGCUAACAUGCGUUUUACCUGUUUGCAGAUGUUAUUAAAUUGUGGUGUUUCGUUUCUGGUGACCGAGGUCUUCCCAUUUUCAUAUUAUGAGAAAAUACUUCAGGUGAUUGCAGCGCAGGGUGCUGGAUUACGUGUCCUUAAUUUGAAGGGAAUAUGGGUUAAGGAUGAACACAUGCACUACAUGUUCGAAAUUGUAAAGAAAUGUCAGUAUCUCACAAAACUCUAUGUGCCCUACAUUGCUAACGAUGAUCUGCUGCAAGUAAUUUCUAAACACUGUAAACGCUUGCAAGUAGUGGACAUAUCGGGCGAAACGGACAUCACUGAAAUUGGCAUCGAAUGUCUUAGCAAGGGUUUGUGUGCACAACGUUUAACUGUUAUUGAUGUUGGAAUUCCAGGCGAGGAAAACAUUUGUUAUUCAGAUAUUGCUCUUAUUUUGGAAAAUUGCCCUAAUGUUGAGACACUGUCAACAUAUUCGUUUGUUGGACCUGCUCUUAAGUUUGUUCACGAUAAUGUCGACAAGAACUUUACUUGCAAACUGAAAUACCUCCAUGAUACGGGUUCAGACGAGGAAGCUGUAAAAAUAAUAGUCAAGACGUGUCCAAAUCUAGAAUCUCUUUAUUUAGAUACACCAAAGUUUGGUUGUCUGCGGGCGCUCGCUAGUACCUUUUUACGAAAACUAAAAAUUUAUAAAUUUUCUUCAAAUGAAUUGGUGAAAUUACUCGAAAACAUUGGACGAAAUUUAGUCCACCUGACAAUGAUUAAAAGCAAUGGUGAUUUGGACUUGAACAUUUUGGCUCGAUUGUGUCCUGGACUGAUUGAUUUAGAUUGUUAUAUGAUGGAUGGUUUGAUUUAUGUCAAUUCUAAUCAUUGUCGCUUUACCUGCUUAGAGGGUCUUGAAAUGUUAAGCAGUCCAAUGACAAAUAUAGCUUUAAAGGCGCUAAUAUGCAAUAAUACGCAACUUAAACGAUUGGCAGUCGAUAGCGUUACAUUCAACGAUGAAGAUAUUGUAAGCAUUUUUAUUGAACACGACUUCAAUGUACUCGAGGAUGUAUGGUUCACCUUAGCGCCAAAUUUAACGGUUCAAUCGAUUGAGAUAUUAAUGGAAAGAUGCCCUGAAUUGCAAUCAAUUGGUCAACUUAGUGGAUGGUCCUUAACUCCUGAUGAUCUCGCUUUAAUACGAGGACUUUUGAAAAGCGGAAAUUCUAGUCUUGUACUUACACCAAAUGGUUUUUUCCCUUAAUAUUACUAUUUCUAGCUUUUUAUUUUAUUCUUCCUAGGCCACUACUAUUACUCUCGAUCACUAAUCUAAUAUUUUUAUCUACUAAACAAUCCAAAUUGAAUUCUAAGUGAUACCAAAAAUCAAUAAAUAAUUUUUUAUUUCACUUUCAGCGUCUUCAAUGAUUUAAGACAAUAUCCACUGUAUGAAAAGAUCAUUCUGCUACAUACAUACAUACAUAUAUACGCGUGUACCCCACAUGCAUAUUUAUGUAUAUUAUGGAUGGUCAAAUGCAACAAUAAAAUACAUUUCUGUUAUAUUAAAUAUUAAGAAUAUAUUUUUAAUUUUAAAUAUAUAUGUAUGUAUAUACAUUAGAACUGACCUUAACAAAUAGAUUUGGAUGUGUCUUAUUUUAUUCAUUAGUAGAUAAUGACAAGGCUUCAAAUUGUUCACACAGCGAACAACUUCUUGUACGCACAUGAAUUUGUCUCGUGUGGACAACUCUAGUCGAUGUUAUGUUCAUAUUCGAACAACGUUGUCAGGAUAAUUGUAUGUCUAACAUCAAAUGUCAUUUUCCUACAAAAAGGACGCUCUUUUAAAAAAUACAAAUAACACUAUGUACAUCGACUGGAUUUCCCCACACCGAAGAACAUGAACAAAUUUGCCACAGUGCACAGUGUAGCCUGUACAACAUGUAAGGUUGCAAAAAAUUGCAUGUGCCUCUAAAAACAUUGAAAAAACCUAUUUUACAGAAAAUUGUCUAACGAUUUAAAAUAUUAUUACAAUCAGAUUUUUGGUUCAGAAGAUAUAGCCCUUCAAAGUUGACUGAUUUUCAGUGUUCAAAAAAACAUAUCAUUUUUAGAUAAUUUGGUCCGGUUUCAGAUCCAGUAUCUCGAAAACUAGGUAUCUAAACUAUUUAUUAAGACAAUAAUGUUUGCUUUGUGUUUGUCUAGGUAAAUCGAUAUUUACCAACUAUCCAUUUUUCAAUAUUUCUCAACUUUGAUGUAAAAUAAAUUUAGCAUCAGUUAGUUGAAGCUACUACAAAACAACAUAAGAUCCAUCCAAAUCAAAUAUAUUUUUAAGGACCGGUUAAUGUACAUUAGGGAAAUAACUUCAAAAUGGCCCUAGUAAAGUCGAAUAGAGCAUUAAAUGUUACAUAUUUUAAAAAACGCGGUAAAAUUUGUAGAUUUUUUUUUAUUUUUUUUAUCCAAAAAACGCAAAUAGUUUUUUUUUAAAUAUAUCAGCCUGGCUCAAAUCUAAAAAAUAUUUUCGUAAAUAACACAACAUUUGCCAUCGCGUGGUUCUAGGCCCAAAAUUUGGUAACUGCCCUAAUGUACAUAUAUUUAUGUGUGAUCUAUAUUAUAGGUAUUAUUUAAAACUUGUAAUUGUGAAAAUUAUGAAUUAUACACAAAAACUUACAUACACCUUAUAAUUGUCGACCUACAUAUUUGAAUGCAUAAAUAAACAUAUGUAUAAACAAAUUGUUUUGAUUAUAUUGUUAAAUUAUAUAUAAAAGAACAAUGUAA